AAAGUCCGUGGAUUGGACUUUAAAAGGAUAGCCUACAAUGACCUCUAUAUAUUCACAACCUACUACCCUCUAAUUUUUCGAAACGUACCUGUCAAUUAACUGUUUUAAGAUGAGGGUCCAACUAUCUGGACUAAGCUCGGCGACGAUAACCACAGGAUGGACGAACAAUACACCGUCCUCGCCGGCCAAAACGCCACCGGAAGAACCGGCUUCGCCGUGGACUGACCGGUGGCCGAACCGUAACCUGGCCAACUACUACAUGGACGCGAAUGCCAACGCUAUGCCCUUUCCAGCUUCUCCCGGGCCUCUAUAUUCAAGUCCCAACACAAUGGCUUCGCUGUCGACGAUGGACAUCCACAUCAUCGAAAAGGAAGACGGGGCUUACUUCGUGGGUCCUGGGGGCGAAGAGAUCCCCUUCGAGUUUGACUUGGUGGCAGGUUUGGCCCGCUGGUCCUCAGCGGAUCCGAUUCCCAGCCGAUCCUACUCUCGUCCCCGCUUCCCGCGCCCACGCUAUGACUCCAUAUUGCUGGACAUAUUCUCUAAGCUUACAACCUUUCUACCUGGGGGCCUCGGCUUGGCGACGACAAAGAUGAAAUCGAGGUCUAGGUUCUUGGCAACUUUUUACACACUUGUCCGUUUCAAUCCCUACGGACAGCCGAGUAGCGGUCAACCAUACCGCAACACCAUGUCAGCGCUAGGGCAAAUCUACAGAAUCGGAGUGAAGGGAAAUUGGGACGUCAAUAAAUGCCGAGGAAUCCUAUCACAUCUACCAGAUAAAGAAGACUUCGAGGAAAUCCGAAUAAAUGGAGACUCGCAGAACGGUUUCGGAAAACUCCCCACCGGAAUAGCAACGGCAUUGGUAUGGUUCAUUGAUGAUUACUCUUCAAGCACAAGGCCAGAAGGGGGGAAGCGCGUGUCAGCAACCGCACCAAGUGUAAUGUUUAACAACAACACUAAUACUGAAACCAUCACUAGCAAGAAGCGACACGCUACUACUGCGCACAACAUUACAACCCAUAGUACUCUGACAAAGUCGAAUCGAGCGACGCAUGACCUUAAGUAGGUAUUACGUACAAGGCUGGAGUCUCUUCGUUGCAGCAUGGAAGUUGCCCUGAGUGUGAAGAGGUUUGAGCAUACAAAGUCGAAUCGAUAAGCCGCCUAAGAUAACUAACAAUAAAUCGCGUAACGUCAUCAGCGGAGUUAUUCAGCAUUCUUACACGAGGAGGACCAUCAGUUAUUCUUGCCUGGACCGAGGCUCUGUCGAGAUCUUGAUUAUUGGGCCAUCAACGCCCACUAUUUGGGAACCGAGCUCUAAACCUAAAACCUAAACCUUUAUCGCCGGUUGUGGAAUCCUAUUAAACAGCGACAGUGACAAGUCUAGUACCGAUCCGAACAACGAUUCCAGUGGCGGAAACGAGGCUCG